UUUUGUUCCAAUAGGCGAUAGCAGUAAAACAUGAUAACGAAUCGCGGAUGACGGUUUUUUUAAAUGGUUUUUUUUUUGUUCAUAGACUAUACUCUAUUAUUCAGUAUUCUACACUCUAGUACUCUACCUUCUAAAAUCAUUACAAGCAUACAGACUACAGAGUACAGACUUUUAAAUAUUAAUUAUUAAAACUAGUCAAAUUUGGCAAAAUAAUCAAAAAUAAGUUUCUCAACAUUCUUUAAUUUUAAUUUUUUGCUGUGUUUGGAUACUUAUUUAUUCGUGAAUUCUAUGAGUAUAAAUCAAAUCGAUACUCAUUUAAUUUAAUAAUUUACAGUAUAUUUACAUAUUUAAAAGAUCAACAUAGGAUUAUGGAAUCAAAGUCAUGUAAACAGAAAAAUGCUAUGAUUUCAUUAUCAAAACCAAAAUAUAAAACGUCUUUACCAGAAAAACAGAAUACCUGGGGUAACCUACUAAAUAAAAAAUCAGUCGGUACUAAUACAGCAAUAACUUCCAAAAUUAAACCUAAAAAAUAUCCCUCUAUUCCCGAGAUGAAUACUAAAACAAUGGCCAAGAGUGUACAGUGUAGUGAUUCACCUAUUGAUAAAGAAUGUAAAAGUUCUAAUUCACUUUCUGUAUUCAAUCCGAUCAGAACAUUACAAUUUCUACUAAAGGAAAUUGUGGAGUACCCAGGUGUUAAAAAUGGAGACAUUGCAAAAAUUGUUGAUGAAAUGCAAGUGGUUGUUGGAAGAAUUGUUGAUGAAUGUGCUGAAAAUUUGCAUAGCCCUAAAAUAAAUAAUAUCCCAAUUAUGAAUUACAAUUCUAUGGUUCCAACAAGAGAUAAUGAUUAUUGUAAAGAUUUAAAAUAUGAUAACAGUUCUCAAGAAAAUAAAUAUUUGUCCGUACUGCUAGGGAAGAUAUCAGAACUUGAAAAUCAUUAUAGUCAGUUGACAAAAGAUAACACUAAAUGUAAAGAAAAACUACAGUGUGUGACAUCUGAAAGGGAUAGUUUACUCGAGAAAUAUGAAGAAUCAUGCAAUUCAUUGGAAAAGUUGAAUAAUCGCGAGCGUGAAUAUUUAGAUACAAUCACAGAACUUAAAUCUAAACUUAUAGCUUCAGAUAAAUUGAUUAGAAACCAGGAAAUUAUCAUUACUAGUUUAAAUAAAAGGUUGAAUAAUUUAUCAAAUAAAAACAAAGUUUGUAUUACGGACAAAGUGAAUAGAAAUAUUCGAACUGAACAUAAUAAUACUUACCAAACAAUACUAAAAGAAAAUAAUGAAUUCAACAAAAUUACUAAAUCAGAUCUGGAGAAAUUAGCUAUUACCAGUGGUCUCAAAGAUAAUGAAGUCUCCAAGCUUAGAUCAGAUAUAAAACAAAUGAAGCAAAUUGUAUUAACUGGAUUAGAAAAUAAAGAUAUUAAAUCUGUUUCAAUGACAUCAUUAAAAUCAGAAGACGACCUAAUAAAAGAUUUUCCUAAGUGUGGUGAUAAAAGUUACGUAGAACAUGAUAUCGAUACAAAUUAUUUUGCAUAUAACAGAGAAGCAUCAGCCAUAAAAUUAGCUAAGACAGAACUUCAACUGCUAUUUGAAACAAUUAAAAAACAAACGCAUAAUUCAAAAAAGCUUUUCAAUUCCACUUUUGUUGAUAACGAAAGGGUUUUAAGUGAUAUUUCUGAUGAAGAGGAAAACUCAAAUGUUUCAAACUUUAUGAGUGUAGUGACUCAUUCAAGUUGUUAAUUAUUGUAUGCACUUGAAAAAGAUUUUUAAUUGUAUUAUUCAAUUAUUUUAGAA